CGAGCGAGCGACUGUAGCAGGGAGCUAAGGUACCUCUUCGGCAGCGCGGGCUGCUGCUGCUGCUGCUGCUGGAUGGAGGAGAUGACACCACCACCCGCACCUGAGGCACCGUCCCCGCUGAAGUCCUACAAAUGGCGGACAGGCCUCCAGGGUGGGGAGAGGGAGCCCGAGCGGCACCCCAUGCCCCCUGCCAGCAGCCGUUGGGCCAAACUGCACAACUGGAGGCGCGCUCAUAGCCAGCCUGAGACUGAUGCCCCUGAGGUGCGCAUGGCCAGGAGCAGCCCAGGCACUGAGCCCCCAGAUCCUGUGGGGAGCAAAACAGCAGCCCGGAGGUCUGUGUUCCAGAGGGCAUUUUCUGCCCCGGACAAGGUGCCCAAGGAGCCCAAGGGCCAAGAAGGCAUUAAGCUGAACCUGCGAAAAUACCUGCGUUCCAAGUCCCACCGCAGGAGCCAGGAGAGUGGGCCCAAGGCAGAGCAGGCACCUCAACAGGCAGCCAAAGAUGGCGUGCACCCCAUGCAGCAGAUUCCGCUGGCCCCAUCCCCCGAUGUCCCUGUCUGGGAUGUCUCGAACUUCUCCCUGGUGGAUGGACAGCUGGUGCUGAUGGCCAGGGAUGAGGAGGUUUUGUACAAGAGCCGGAACAGAACUGGCAGCUCCAUUUCGGAGACCAACGCUCAUCUGUCCCUGAGCAGCAGGAGGGACACCGAUCUCUCCUCUGAGGGGAAGAGCUCACCCAGCCCUCGGGCUCCAGGAAGAGGCACUGAGAGCGACGUGUCAACCGGCUCCCAGUUCAGUAACGUGAAGGGGCUGAUAUGGAAGAGGCUAAGAGAUCGCAAGGGCCGGACUGCAUCCAAGCCCGAUUCCCAAACAGCGCCCCUUACGGACAGCGACAGGCUGCCAAGCCGGCAUGGCUCCCGUGAGUCCCUGCUGCCUGCACCAAGUGCAGCCGAGCUGGAUCUGAGUGGCGAGGACAUAGUGAUCCGCCCGCUGCACAGCAGCAUCCUUGGCGAGAAGUUCUGCUUCCAGAUAAUCAACGCUGAGGGGAGCCGCUGUUUUGGCUGCACAUCAGUGGCUGAGCGGGACCGGUGGAUUGAGAACUUACGCAGAACUGUGCAGCCCAACAAGGACAACUGCGAGCGUGUGGAGAACACCCUGAGUCUCUGGGUGUACGAGGCCCGAGACCUGCCCCCCAAGAAGCGCUACUUCUGCCAGCUGCACCUGGAUGGCACCCUGUACGCCCGCACUACAGCCAAAUCAGCGGGUGUGGAUGGGGCACUCUUUUGGGGCGAGCUCUUCGAGCUGGCCACACUGCCGGCAGUGCGGGAGCUGCACAUCAGCGUGCUGCGGGAGGAAGAGGGGCGGCGACGGGAGACCAGCCCCCUGGGCACCGUGACCAUCCAACUCAGGGAGCUGGCCGCCUCGCGCCAGCCCUUGGAGAAAUGGUACCCUCUGUGUGGAGCUGCCCCCAGUCGGGCACCUUCCCUGCGGCUGCGCGGACGCUACCAGGAGAUCCAGGUGCUGCCCAUUGUGAGCUACAAGGAGUUCGCCGAGUACAUCACCUUCCACUACCGAGAGCUGUGUGCCAGGCUGGAGCCUGCUAUUGCUGUGCGCCACAAAGAAGAACUUGCCAGUGCCCUGGUGCAUGUGCUGCAGAGCACAGGCAAAGCUAAGGCAUUUCUCAUCGACCUGGGGGUGGCAGAGUUGGACCGCUUUGACGACAGAGAGGCACUGAUCUUCCGUGAGAACACACUGGCAACCAAGGCCAUCGACGAAUAUAUGAAGCUGGUCGGGGGGCAGUACCUGUUGGACACACUGGGAGAGGCUAUUGCCCAGUUGUAUGAGUCGGAGGAUAGCUGUGAAGUUGACCCCAGCAAGUGUGCAGCCAAUGACCUGUCUGACAACCAGAACAAUCUGCGGCAGGCGUGUGAGGAGGUCUUCCAGAGAAUCACCAACUCCUGCGACGCCUUCCCAGUGGAGCUCAGCGAGAUCUUUGCAGCGUGGCAGGAGGAUUGUCUGGAACGGAACAAGGAGGACAUCGGGCAGCGGCUCAUCUCUGCCUCGCUCUUCCUGCGCUUCCUGUGCCCAGCCAUCAUGUCCCCCAGCCUGUUUGGCCUCACCCAGGAGUACCCAGAUGAUGCCACCUCCCGCACCCUCACCCUGGUGGCAAAAGUCAUCCAGAACCUGGCCAAUUUUGCUACGUUUGGCGAGAAGGAGGCAUACAUGGGUUCAUGAACGAGAUUCCUGGAGCACAACUGGAGGCGCAUGAAGUCGUUCCUGCAG